AUGCUGUCCAACCGGAGCGCGGCGCAACUCGCCCCUCUCUUGCUGCGAAAUGGCAACAGACUGGCCUUUCAGCGAGCUGCUCGCAUCCCUCGACAACUACCAGCGGUCGCCAUCCUAGUCCCGCGGAAAGCACUGUCAACCGACACAUCCACCGGCCAUGGCAGCGACAGCAACGGUCCGCCACCGGGCUUCAACCUGGAGCAGGCUAGGAAACCUCUUUCCAAGGACUCCGAACAGCAAUCGUCUGCCUCCAAGUCUGCGUCGCCAUCAUCGAAGGCGGCCGAGCAGAAAGCCGCCGAUGUCAACAUCCCAAUCAACCUGCCCACCGACCGAGCUCCCACCAAAGCCGAAGAGUCCCGCUCGCUGUCAGAAUUAGCCGCUGAGAGGUCAACAGGCGCAAAGUCAUCAGAGGACAAGAAAGCGCUUGAAAAAAAGGAGGCGAAAAAACAAAUGACUCUCUGGCAAAAGGUCAAGCACGAAGCACAUCACUACUGGGACGGCACGAAGCUGCUCGCCACUGAGGUCCGCAUCAGCUCACGUCUGGCGCUGAAGAUGGCGGCAGGGUACGAGUUGACACGACGAGAGCAUCGCCAACUCCAUCGGACUGUGCAGGAUCUUGGCCGGCUAGUGCCAUUCUCGGUGUUUGUCAUAGUACCAUUCGCCGAGCUGUUACUACCAGUCGCUCUGAAGCUCUUCCCGAACAUGCUGCCCAGCACCUACGAAGAUGCCAAGAGCAAGGAGAAGAAGGCUAGUCGCCUCCGCAUGAACCGGAAGGAAGUGAGUAACUUUCUGCGGUCAACUCUGAGAGAGUCUGGCAUUCCCAUUAGUGCUGCGAAUGCCCAGAAGGAGGAGUUCACCAAUUUCUUCCGGAAAGUGCGUGCGACCGGCGAGGAACCCACCAAGGCGGACGUUGUUAAGGUCUGCAAGCUGUUCAAGGAUGACCUUACGCUGGACAACCUUUCACGGCCGCAGCUGGUCGGAAUUUGCACAUAUAUGAAUCUGUCGACCUUUGGCACGGAUUCGAUGCUACGCUAUCAGGUCAGGCAUCGCAUGCGGCAGAUCAAGCGCGACGACAAGGCCAUCUCAUACGAGGGCGUGGAGUCGCUCUCUGUGCCUGAGCUGCAGACUGCCUGCGCUUCACGCGGCCUCCGAACCCAUGGCAUGUCGCCUGGUAGACUCAGGGAUGACUUGCAGCUGUGGCUGGAUCUGCGAUUGAAGUACGGUGUUCCAUCGACACUACUUGUCCUGAGCAACGCCUUCAUGUAUGCUCAGGGUAAGGAGGCAGAGUUCGACUCUCAAAUUGAUGCCUUGCAAGCCGUUCUCAGCAGUAUCCCAGAAGAGCUGUUCCAUGAGAUCGAGCUCGAGGUGCACACCGCUGAAGGCGCUGCUACUAAUAAGCAGAGAUUGGAGGUGCUUAGGGAACAGCAGGAGUUGAUCCAGGAGGAGCAGGAGCAGGCAGAGAAGCAAAAGGAGUCGAGAGGCGAGGCUUCGACUGUGUCUGAUCGUGAGGACAUAGAUGAGAAAGACGAGGAAGCCAGGCAAGAGGCUGCUCUUGCCAAAGAAAGCGAGGGUACUGCUGCGACUGGCGAGGAUGAGGAUGCGAAGAUGAAGCUUGAUGAGAGGCAAGAGAAAGAAGAGAAGAGGGACCAGCCUGACGAGCAGCAAGAGGAGAGAAAGGCUGGCGAAGCAGAGGGCGAGAAGAAGCAAUAG